GCCGCCGCCUGUCCCCGCCGAGGAGGCGCAGCACCCGGAGAUGGCGGCGGUGCUGAACGCCGAGCGCCUUGAGGUAUCGGUCGACGGCCUCACGCUAAGUCCGGAUCCGGAGGAGCGGCCUAGCGCAGAGGGCGCCCCGCUGCUGCCGCCGCCACUGCCGCCGCCCUCGCCUCCUGGGUCCGGCCGGAGCCCGGGCGCCGCAGGGGAGCAGCCGGAGUCCGGGGAGGCGGCGGCUGGGGGCGCGGCGGAGGAGGCGCGGCGGCUGGAGCAGCGCUGGGGCUUUGGCCUGGAAGAGCUGUACGGCCUGGCUCUGCGCUUCUUCCGAGAAAAGGAUGGCAAGGCCUUUCAUCCAACUUACGAAGAAAAACUGAAGCUUGUGGCACUACAUAAACAGGUUCUUAUGGGCCCAUAUAAUCCAGACACUUGUCCUGAAGUUGGAUUCUUUGAUGUGUUGGGGAAUGACAGGAGGAGAGAAUGGGCGGCCCUGGGAAACAUGUCUAAAGAAGAUGCCAUGGUAGAGUUUGUCAAGCUCUUAAAUAGGUGUUGCCAUCUCUUUUCAACGUAUGUUGCAUCCCACAAAAUAGAGAAGGAAGAGCAAGAAAAAAAAAGGAAGGAGGAGGAGGAGCGAAGGCGCCGUGAAGAGGAAGAAAGGGAGCGUCUACAAAAAGAGGAAGAAAAACGUAGGCGAGAAGAAGAGGAAAGGCUUAGACGGGAGGAAGAAGAAAGGAGGCGAAUAGAAGAAGAAAGGCUUCGGUUAGAGCAGCAAAAGCAGCAGAUAAUGGCAGCUUUAAACUCCCAGACUGCCGUGCAGUUCCAGCAGUAUGCAGCCCAACAGUAUCCAGGGAACUACGAACAACAGCAAAUUCUCAUCCGCCAGUUGCAGGAGCAACACUAUCAGCAGUAUAUGCAGCAGUUGUAUCAAGUCCAGCUUGCACAGCAACAGGCAGCAUUACAGAAACAACAGGAAGUAGUAGCUGGAGCUUCAUUAUCUACAUCAUCAAAAGUGAAUGCAUCUGUUCCAAGUGAUAUGAUGUCAGUUAAUGGACAGGCUAAAACUCACACUGACAACUCUGAAAAAGAACUUGAGCCAGAAGCUGCAGAAGAAGCCUUGGAGAAUGGACCAAAAGAAUCUCUUCCAGUAAUAGCAGCUCCAUCCAUGUGGACCCGACCCCAGAUCAAAGACUUUAAAGAGAAGAUUCGGCAGGAUGCGGAUUCUGUGAUUACAGUGGGCCGAGGAGAAGUUGUCACUGUUCGAGUCCCCACCCAUGAAGAAGGAUCAUAUCUCUUUUGGGAAUUUGCUACAGACAAUUAUGACAUUGGGUUUGGGGUGUAUUUUGAAUGGACAGACUCUCCAAACACUGCUGUCAGCGUGCAUGUCAGCGAGUCCAGUGAUGAUGAUGAGGAGGAAGAAGAAAACAUCACUUGUGAAGAGAAAGCCAAAAAGAAUUCCAAUAAGCCUCUACUGGAUGAAAUUGUGCCUGUGUACCGGCGGGACUGUCAUGAGGAAGUGUAUGCUGGCAGCCACCAGUAUCCAGGGAGAGGAGUCUAUCUCCUCAAGUUUGAUAACUCCUAUUCUUUGUGGAGGUCAAAAUCAGUCUACUACAGAGUCUAUUAUACUAGAUAAAAAUGUUACAGUGUCUGGAAUCUAGGGUUGGCAGAAGAUGGUAUUGAAUUUCUUUUGACAUUUGUGGAGCUUUGGAGUCAUUGUUUACCCUGUUGAUUUUGGUCUGAUGAUUUGUGAACUCUUGCUGGGAAUAAGGGAUUUCCUUGAGACUCUUUAGCUUUAAUACUUUGGGGUUAAAAGGGAUUCCUCAGACUCAUCUAGCCCUUGGGUGCUGACCAGCAGAGUCACUAGUGGAUGCUGAAGUUACAUGAGCUACGUGUUAAAUAUUCAAAGUCUUCAAAAUAAAACAUCCCACCGUUGACCCCACCUGGCUGAUGGUUAGUCCAUUGCUGCCUACUCCAUGUGUUUUUUUGGAGCCCAUACUUAACAGUACCCUCUGAUUUGAAAUGCUUAUGUUAAUAGUCUGCAUCAAAUGCAGCUGGUUUUGAUUGAAGGUCGCUUUUUUUAAAAUUUAAAAACUCAAGACCUCACAGAUUUUAGUAAAAAAAGAAAUUGUGUCCAUUAGAUCUUAUUCUGAAUUACCCAGAUUGUUUAGUUCCAGAGUUAUAUUACAGAGAAUUAUUUUCUGAGAUAAUCAUAAAUUUAGAAUAUUCAAACCCAAUAGAUAAUUGAAGUAUCAGGAUACAUAGAUAGAACAUCCUUCUUAGUGAGUCUCCGCAAACUCUCAGGCUUUUUCUUUUCAUUUGGUAUUCAUACAUCAGUAGCAAAGCCAAAAUUUGUUUUUCUCUUGAUUUGGCUUUAUAGAGCAUCUCAAAACUUUUCUGCACAAAACAUACAGUUAGGGAUUUUGUAAACUCAAAUUGGCAACCUACUGAAUUAAAAUCUGUAAAGUCAUUUAAAUAAUAUUCAGCAUUUGGGGAGUACCAUUGCACUAAUAUGGAAGUCACUGCCAGAUACAGUCCAUUUUCUUUUCAUUUGUUACUAAGGCACAAAUCCUAGACAAUUCCCAUUUGAAAUUACUUAUUGGAAUUGGAAAUGCCCAUGCUUAAAUUUUUUAACUUUAAUCUGUAUUAUGUCUUUAUUGAUGAGAAGAGGCACAUCUUUGUUUUUCUUACUGAAAACAAAUAUGAAUUAAUUGCUUCAAAUUUGUAUAAGUGAUAAAUGUAGAGAUUCUUGUUUUCAUAAGGAAUGGUGGAAUAGACAAAAACUGACAAAGAUGGCAAUAGACACUUAAUGUUGUUAUUAUAUGUUGUUACUGAAAGAGUUAGAUUUUUAAAGUUUCAGGUCAUAAAUCACUUCUUACAGGAGGGAUUCCAUUGAUUAGCUGCAGUAAUACAGUUCACUACAUACAGGCUGUUUGAGUUUUUCUGUACUGCAUUUCUUUGUUUUUUAAUACCCAGUUUUGUAUGUAUCUAACUUCGUUCUCUUUUGUUUGUUCAGAAACUGGAUUAUUUUCUCAUAAGCAGUGCUUAAUUUGUUUUCCAGGUUUGAUUCAAGAGUCCCAGUGUCCAUACUGUUACAUCCAGAGCAUUUGUUAGGCUGUCCCACAGUUCUCAUGUACAUAGGUAUAAAAACCAUGGAGUUAGGCACUUCCUGGCUUUUUUUUUUUUUAAUGAGAAAAAUACUGUAUUUAAAAUGUAAAAUAAACUUUUAAAAAGCAGGCACUAAUAUAUAUUUCUUCCAGCCUUUGAUUACAGAUUUGUCCUUGCACAUAUUAAGAUGAAGUAUCUUCUAAAAAUUUUGUUCUUGGGAGCAGUGUAUGUUACUUUACAUAGCAGUUUUUCUGUCACAUAUUCAUGUCAACAUUUUUGGUUUUAAACUUUUUUAUUGCCUUUGGCUGUUGAUUAGUACAGUACAAGUGCGAUUUCAAAAAGAUCUUGAAAGUAAUAUAUUUAAUCAAUUAAAAUGUUUAUCUGUAACUUGUUGAUGUUUCAUUAAUACAGUUACUCUUUGAAGCAUUA